AACACCGGCGGCCCGCCACGUUUCGCCAGUCUUGUUAGUUGUUCACUCGUACUCGUCAGUAAUUGUUAACUUCUCGGUCUCUUACCACCUUAACAGUGUAAAUUAAUAUUAAAAAUGAGUGCUCCAGCACCCACCCCUGCUUAUAAAAUUGGAAUAGUGAAGCAGGUAUUAUCAGGAGAUACGAUUGUUAUAAGGAAGCAGCCCCAGGGUGGCCCCCCUCCUGAGAAAGUGAUCGCACUAUCAGGUAUUACUGCACCAAAACUUGCGCGUCAAAGGACUGCCAACAAUGAUGUGGAGACAAAAGAUGAGCCUUUCGCGUGGGAGGCUCGGGAAUUCCUAAGAAAAAAACUUGUUGGUAAAGAAGUCAUAUUCACGGCGGAGAAACCACCAAACUCUGCAACAAGAGAAUAUGGUUCUGUGUGGGCUGGCAAAGACCCCACUAAAGAUGAGAAUGUAACUGAAGCAUUGCUCGCUGAAGGCCUGGUGAAGGUACGAGAUGGGGGAAGAAAUAUACCGCAGCUUAAAAGACUAGUAGAAAUUGAAGAUGUUGCCAAAUCUCAAGGAAAAGGUAUUUGGGGAUCAGAUCUGCAAGAACAUGUUCGUGACAUUAAAACCACUAUAGAUAAUCCAAAACAAUUUGUUAACAAACACAACGGACAGCCAAUUAAAGCGAUAAUUGAAUAUGUACGAGAUGGCUCAACUGUCAGGGUUUGUUUAUUACCUGACUUCUAUCAGAUAACAUUGAUGCUUUCUGGAAUCAGAUGCCCUAUCAUCAAACAAGAUGGUGAAAGCGAAGCAUACGCUGAUGAAGCCCGAUACUUUGUGGAGUCAAGGCUAUUACAGAAAGAUAUAGAAGUGAUACUAGAGUCAGUCAAUAAUGCAAACUUUGUCGGCACCAUCAUUCACCCCCAAGGCAAUAUUGCCGAGGCACUUCUACGACAAGGUUUCGCUAAAUGCGUAGACUGGUCUCUUGCCGUCAUGAAAUCUGGUGCAUCACAAUUGAGGGCAGCUGAACGUGCUGCAAAAGAUGCAAAACUGCGUAUUUGGACCAACUAUAUUAGUAACGCGCCGAUAAUAGCAGCGAAAGACAAGGAGUUCACUGCCACCGUAUUGGAGGUAGUGAAUGGUGAUGCGCUCGUCGUAAAACUGUCCAAUAAUGCACACAAGAAAAUAUUCCUUGCCAGCAUUAGGCCGCCGCGUGAGAAGAACAACGCUGAUGAUGAAGGCAAGCAAUCACCAAGACCAAAAGGAUUCAAACCUUUAUAUGAUAUACCAUGGAUGUUUGAAGCUCGGGAAUUCCUAAGGAAAAAACUUGUUGGCAAAAAAGUAAAUGUUACUGUAGAUUAUAUCCAACCGGCCAAGGACAACUUCCUAGAGAAAACUUGCUGUACCGUAAUUUCUGGUGGGACAAAUAUUGCAGAGGCCUUAAUAGCAAAGGGAUAUGGAACAGUUGUGAAGUACAGAAACGAUAACGACCAGAGAAGCUCGCAUUACGACAAGUUAUUAGAAGCCGAGCAAAAAGCUCAAAAAGCCGGUAUUGGCGUACAUGCUAAAAAAGACAUUCCUGCUCAUCGCAUCCAAGACACCAGCGUAGAUUCUGCAAUGGCGAAAAAGUUCUUCCCAUUCUUAAAGCGAGCACAAAAAACAGAAGCGACAGUGGAGUUUGUUGCGAGUGGGUCACGUAUGAGAUUAUACAUUCCCAAAGAGUCCGUCCUGGUUACAUUUUUGCUUGCUGGUAUAAACUGUCCAAGGGGUGCUCGCCCAGCUAUAGGCGGAGGCGGCAUGCAGGAUGCCGAACCCUUCGGCGAAGAAGCUCUUCAGUUUACUAAGGAUAAAUGCCUACAGCAUGAUGUAGUUGUAACAAUUGAGGAAAUGGAUAAAGCUGGCAAAUUUAUUGGCUGGCUUUGGGUAGACAAUGAGAAUCUGUCAGUGUCACUAGUUGAACAUGGUCUCGCAUCCGUGCAUCAUACAGCGGAAACAUCCGAAUAUGCUCGGCCGAUCAAAACUGCAGAGGAAAAUGCCAUCAAGAAGCGUAUUGGUAUAUGGAAAGAUUAUGUUGAAGUAGAAAAGGAAAUUGAAAAAGAAAGAAACGCGCCAGUUCAAGAUCGUCAGUUGAAAUACGAGAAAGUUAUCAUUACUGAAGUGACUUCAGACGGCAACUUCUAUGCUCAGAGUGUUGAUUUAGGAACAAAAUUGGAGACAUUGAUGGAAAAAAUUCAUCAAGAGUUCAAAACGAAUGCUCCUCUGCCUGGUUCUUAUGUGCCGAGGAGAGGUAACAUCUGUGCAGCACGCUUUACAAUAGACGAUCAGUGGUACAGAGCGAAGGUCGAGAAGGUUACAGAUGACAAGAUGGUCCAUAUCUUGUACAUUGACUACGGAAACAGAGAGGUAGUCAGUAGCAGUAGAUUGGCAUCUCUUCCUGCUGGAACCGAAACCGACCCGCCAUAUGCGAGCGAGUAUAUAUUAUGCUGCGUUAAGUUCCCGUCGGAUCCCGAUGACCGUUUAGAAGCUGUCGCGGCCUUCUCUGCAGAUACGCUCAACAAGAAGUUGUUACUCAACGUGGAGACACGCGGUUCACCGCCCGGCGUCACGCUAGUGGACCCCAACACCAACCUUGAUCUUGGAAAGAAUCUGAUCAAGGAGGGUUUGGUGCUGAUGGAAAGUCUCCGCGACAGCAGGCUGUCCGGUUUAGUGGCGGAGUACCGUGCGGCUCAGGAACACGCUAGAAGCUCGCGCCUGAACCUGUGGCGACACGGCGACAUCACCGACGACGACGCCGUCGAGUUCGGCGCGCGCCGCUAGCAGCACCGCUGGCACGACGCCACCACAUCGCCGUCGCACACGCUCAACUGUGCCACGUGCACAGCACCACACAUUGAAACCGUAAUAUACACAGUCAUCUACGAAUUUUUGUGAAGGACGCCCCUCAUACAUUUACCCGACUAUUCUUUAAAAUUUGCUGUUGUUGUGUUUUGUCUUUUCCUUUUGUUCCAUUCUCCAUUAAAACGAAAUGACAAAAUACACUACAGUCAAAAUAGAUUUGUAGGUUUUUUUAUAAUAUGAUUAAUUUAUAAUUACCACUAAAUAUUAGUUUCGAUUACUUCAAAUCUAUAUGAAGUCCGAUUAGACAGUUUAAGACAAGCAAUGUCUGGAUUUUGGUGUAUGUGCAAUUCUUACGAAACUAAUCAAACUAAAACUUACCUCGUUGAUAUGAGAUUCACAAUGAUUACAUACGGAUUACAGUUAAUGAUAUCUAAUUUCCUUUUCUGAAGUCUUAUAAUCUUCUUUCUGUCAGCCAUCAAAUAACUCUGGACAGAAAUUCUUUAGAGUGGUACUGGGGUGGGUUUACAUUUGUAUAGGACUGCAUUACGGGGUUUGAGAUAUUUAUUAUUAAUCAAAUUUUCCUAAUGGAUGUAUAAAUUUUCCUAAUGCAUGUUUGUAAAAGUAGUAGUAUUCUCAAAGUUAGUUUAAUAAAGUAAUCGUAACAUUUGUGAAUGAAUUAUAUAUUUCAAGAAGAUGGUGACUAUUCAAAGAACGGUAGAAAAGGUUAAAUGUAAAUUAGAUCGUCAGAAGUUAGUGAAAGGCUAAAAAAAAUGUUAACCUACUCCAACCAACCAACUCUUUACCCCAAUACAACAAUAAUAUGGACUAAAGUUUAUCAUAUUGAUUAUACUUCCGCAAUAUAUGUUGAAUCAUGAAUAAUUAGAAAAACAUUUCUGUUGAUCAAGCUAAUUAUUAUUGUAUUUCAUCAAUUCUAAAGAUCUAUAUGAUUUUCUUUUAUAAUUUAGGAACGCAUCAUACCACUACUGUGCAGUAAAGAUAUUAUACAAUUUGUUGCGAAAUACGAUUAAAAAUAUUUUGGUCGGGAGCUUUUACUCUCACUUUUCUUUAUAGACAUAAUAUAUAUUGACAGGUCAUAAUAAUUUAAUUUAAUAAUAUAAUGAUCUAUUUUAUAUUUUUGUGAUUACAUAAAUGAUAAUUAUAAUUGUAAUAAAUUUAUAAUAAAUAAAUACAAAUUGUUGAACAUAAUAUUUAAAAUUUUUACAAUUUUGUAUAUCAGCAAAUGAAAAUGUAGAUUUAUGAUUCGUUAUUACUUUAGUUAUUUAUUCGUAAUCACAAUAUUUUUAAUGAACUAUAUCAGUUGAAAUCAUUUGUUGCAGUCUGCAGAUUUUUCUUUUUACAAAUACAUAAUUCUUGUUUUUUUUUUUUGUUUAUGAAUUUUUUUAUGAUUUAUAAUGUUUUGUACUAUUUCUUCAUCUAAGACUGGGCUUAAUUAGUUUCUAUUGUAAAGUAUUUGACGCAAAUAGGGUCUACUUCUACUUUAAUGCUGCUUAAGUUUAUUUUAAUAUUGUUGGGAAUUUAAAUAAUAUCGUUUAAAGAACUCUGCAACUACGGUCGAUAGUGUUUAAUCCUAUAAAAGACAGCCUAGAGGUCUUAAUAAGGAUUAUAAGAGUUAAUGAUAAUAAAACUAUACAAUUAUGGGCUACAGUAAUUACCAAGUUUAAUGUAUAAGUAUUUAUAAAAUAUAACAUUAUGCCCAGCAUAUUUGUGUCUAAACUAGGCGUAGCCUAUAUCUUAGACAUUAAUGCCUUCAAUUAGAUAUCUAUUUUUGUGGUACCUUACCAUAUAUAUACAAUUGUUUAUCAAAUAAUGUUUAUAUACCAACAUAAGCUGUAACUAUUCUGUAAGACAAGUCAUGCGCUGCAUUGUUUGACUGUCAUUAGUGCUAUGAAAAAAUAAGACAAGUGAGACUUUAUAAUCUACUAGCGGCCCGUCCCAGCUUCGCACGGGUGGACAUUUUUACAUUUUAUCAUUAUCAUUUGCAAUAAUAAAGAAUAUUUUUUUUUACUUUUAUUUUACUAUGAUGAAUUUAGUGAUAUUUUUAAAUUUAUUUGUGUAUUUUAAAUACACAGAUAUGUAUACACAUCCGAACAUCACAUAUCUAAACAUCACAAACGCGAACAUCAUACAUACAAACAACAAAUGCCAACAUCACACAUGGAAACAUCACAAAUGCAAGCAUCACUUAUGUAAACACCACAUAUCUAAACAUCACACAUCACAAUUUUAAAAUUACUAAAUAUUACAAUAAGCUAUUAGUCGAUAAAGCUAAUAGUCGAUUUAAAAUAAUUUUGCUGUAUUUUUAUAUAAGCUCUGUUAACAUAAAUUGCUUCCUUUUUUUAUUUUUAAUGAUUGUAGUAUUAAUAAGUUUGUUAUGUCGUUUCAAUAUUUUCGAAUAUGAAUAUUAUGAAUGGCCCUAUUUGUAUCUCAUACUUUCUCUAUUUAUAAAACUGAUUUUGAAUGAUUUAAAUCUUUAAUACAAUGUUUCAAUGAUUCGCUUCGAAUUUCGUACUUACGAGUGUAUUGUAUGAAGGACCUACCUCUCUUCACGAAAUGAUUUAUGGUACAUUAAAUAAAAUUUUGUUUACAUACAUUAGAGUACCAUACGGUGCGUGGAUUGUUAAAUAAAACUUGGUAUAUUGAAAUAAAUAUUUUAGGAAAU